AUGGCGGCCACAGAAUCGCAAAGCAUCCGAUCCGUCCCUGUUGAGGACCUCUAUUCGCGCUGGGGAGCCGGCUACAACCAAGGUCGCGUCAACAAUCUUCAAGCUCUCGACGAUGUCCAGCUGAAGACAUUCUUACCGAAGUACAUCUCGCUAUUACAAAGCGCCUUUCCGGAGUCUCUCAGAGUGGUCGACUUUGGCUGUGGCACCGGACGAAACACCUUCAAGUUGGCAACUAUGCUACCUGGAUCCGAGGUUGUCGGUCUCGACGCAACAAAGAGUCUUCUAGAUGUAGCAGAAAAGCAGUCCGAAGAUCUAUUCGCUAAAACUCCACCCGAACGCAGGGCCAAGACCGUGUCUUUCCAGGUUUACAAUCCCCUAAAGGAGGGUUCCCGAAUACCGCAUGUCGCUGAGCAAGCGCAGGGAAUUAUUUGUACGCUUGUGCUGGUGCACAUGGAGCUACCUGGAUUCUUCAAAAUGUGUGACGAAAUGCUUGUUCCAGGCGGAUACUUGCUCAUCAGCAAUACACACUCGGACUUGGCCAAGAUAUCGCAUGGCAACUAUUUGGAUCCCGAGACUGGGGAACGUCUCUGGAGCGACGAUCACAUACACACCAUUGAUGGCGUGAAGGAUGAGGGCACUAAAUGCGGGUUUGAGCUACUGGAGGUACAGGAAGGUAUCCCGGAUGAUCCAAACAUGGUUGGAGCAUUUCGUGGACACUGGGAAGGUGUUAAAUGCUGGGUUGGUUUUAUCUUACGGAAGCGAGAGUAG